ACUUACCCCUCACCAGGACACCUUUAACUACUUGAACCGUUUUAGAUCUGCGCGCAGAUGCGCAGAGAGAAUGGAGGGGACGCACACACAGACUCAAGCCCCUGGACGCUGACAUUUAGAAAAAGGUUCUAAAUCCUUACUGUCAUUCGCAAAGGACGGGAAAAGGAGUUGUGCGCCUCGGAUUCGGCUGCUCGCGAGCUGCUCUCUCUGCUUUUCCCUUUCCGGGUGCACCGCGAGGAGAAAGUCUCUAUGCAACUCAGCCCCGGCGCGCACUUUGCCAGGUAUGUACCGCGGGCGAGGCGCGUUCUUCGCGGAGGCAGAUGCUGCUGCCGCCGCGGCGGCGGCGGCUGCCAGCUCCCGGGCUCCGUAACUGUCACACUGCACCUGAGCUGAACUUGAAAAGAGAGUGAAGGGGCGAUUGGGCGAACGCUUUUAGCAGACGCUAGGGGUGCUUGUAGACGAGGGGGAGGAGGAUCUUUAUUAACGCACCCCACCGUGCCCACCGCACAGCACCUCCAUCUCUGCAAAUACGGCCCAAGGGGUAGAGGCAGCGAUCAGAUUCCCAAAGAAACGUGGGGCAGCGGCUGUGACCGCACCUGGGAAGCUACAACAGGUCGCCUUUUUGAGACUCCUUUGGCGGGAAGGUCUCCUUGGACAGGGAAGGUUUGAAAGAGCUAAAAGGGAAGGUGGAAGGGUGCCCUGAUUCGUCAAAAGAAUACCACUAAGUGGCUGCCCUUCGUUUUCUCUACCUUAAACGACGCAUACUGACCCCACGUUAAACAGACUGUGUCAGGAGAGGAAUCAGAGACACCUGUUUGAAGAAAUUGCUGCAUCUAAAGUCACCUGUACACUUAUUUGUUCCAAGACAGGCCUGGUGUGACUGCUUGACAAGGUUUAGUUAGGUUUUGUUGGGCGUGAUUGUCAGAACAUUGUAUGAAAUACCUGUCUUUGAGGGAAACUUACCCUUCUGAGAACUGUGAUUUCUCUAGGAGCUCUACCUUGGAAUAAAGGUGAUAUCGCGGACCACAGUUCUCUGUAAUAUUUGUUUGACGAGAGCAAGUGGGUGAUUGGGGCUACUUUGACCCACUAGGAGGCCUGAUUGCCUUUCCGGCCUCCACCUCAAGGAACCAUGGCGGCGGGUGUAGCAGCAUGGCUGCCCUUUGCAAGGGCAGCGGCCAUCGGGUGGAUGCCUGUGGCCUCGGGGCCCAUGCCAGCUCCCCCAAGGCAGGAGAGGAAAAGGACUCAAGAUGCUCUAAUUGUGCUGAAUGUGAGUGGCACCCGUUUCCAAACAUGGCAGGACACCCUGGAACGAUAUCCAGACACUCUGCUGGGCAGUUCUGAGAGGGACUUUUUCUACCAUCCUGAGACUCAGCAAUACUUUUUUGACCGUGACCCAGACAUCUUCCGCCAUAUCCUGAAUUUCUACCGCACUGGGAAGCUCCACUAUCCUCGCCAUGAGUGCAUCUCUGCUUACGAUGAAGAACUGGCCUUCUUCGGCCUCAUCCCAGAAAUCAUUGGUGACUGCUGUUAUGAGGAGUACAAGGAUCGGAGGCGAGAGAACGCGGAGCGUCUCCAGGACGAUGCUGACCCCGACAACACCGGAGAGAGUGCGCUGCCGACCAUGACCGCUCGGCAGAAGGUCUGGCGGGCCUUUGAGAACCCCCACACCAGCACCAUGGCCCUGGUCUUCUACUACGUCACAGGGUUCUUCAUUGCCGUCUCGGUCAUCGCUAAUGUGGUCGAAACCGUGCCAUGUGGGUCUAGCCCAGGUCACAUUAAAGAACUGCCCUGCGGGGAGCGGUAUGCAGUGGCCUUCUUUUGCUUGGACACAGCCUGCGUCAUGAUCUUCACAGUUGAGUACUUGCUUCGCCUGGCUGCAGCGCCAAGUCGUUACCGAUUUGUGCGGAGUGUCAUGAGCAUCAUCGAUGUGGUGGCCAUCCUGCCUUAUUACAUUGGGCUAGUGAUGACAGACAAUGAGGACGUCAGCGGAGCCUUUGUCACCCUCCGGGUCUUCCGGGUCUUCCGGAUCUUUAAGUUUUCCCGCCACUCCCAAGGCCUGCGCAUCCUGGGGUACACACUGAAGAGUUGUGCCUCAGAAUUGGGCUUCUUGCUCUUUUCGCUUACCAUGGCUAUCAUCAUUUUCGCUACAGUUAUGUUCUACGCAGAGAAGGGGUCUUCCGCCAGCAAGUUCACCAGCAUCCCUGCUGCCUUCUGGUACACCAUCGUCACCAUGACAACACUAGGGUAUGGUGACAUGGUACCUAAAACCAUAGCAGGGAAGAUUUUUGGAUCCAUCUGUUCUCUGAGUGGGGUCUUGGUCAUCGCUCUACCUGUUCCAGUAAUUGUAUCCAACUUCAGUCGAAUCUACCACCAAAAUCAACGAGCAGACAAACGGAGAGCACAGAAGAAAGCCAGACUGGCCAGAAUCCGGGCAGCCAAAAGCGGAAGUGCAAAUGCGUACAUGCAGAGCAAACGGAAUGGUUUACUCAGCAAUCAACUGCAGUCCUCUGAGGAUGAGCAGGCCUUUGUUAGCAAAUCCGGCUCCAGCUUCGAAACCCAGCACCACCACCUGCUUCACUGCCUGGAAAAAACCACGAAUCACGAGUUUGUGGAUGAACAAGUCUUUGAAGAAAGCUGCAUGGAAGUCGCAACUGUUAAUCGUCCUUCAAGUCACAGCCCCUCUCUCUCUUCACAACAAGGAGUCACCAGCACUUGCUGUUCACGACGACACAAAAAAACUUUCCGCAUCCCAAACGCCAACGUGUCUGGAAGCCACCGAGGCAGUGUGCAAGAACUCAGUACAAUUCAGAUCAGAUGUGUGGAAAGAACCCCGCUAUCUAACAGCCGAUCCAGUUUAAAUGCCAAAAUGGAAGAGUGUGUUAAACUAAACUGUGAACAACCUUAUGUGACUACAGCAAUAAUAAGCAUCCCAACACCUCCAGUAACCACCCCCGAAGGAGAUGACAGGCCAGAAUCUCCUGAGUACUCAGGAGGAAACAUUGUCAGAGUGUCUGCUUUGUAAGACAAUUGGAAUCAGGUCGAAAGAGAAUUUGAGCCCUGGUUGUGGAAAGAAUCCCAAUGUGGAAGAAAGAAGAAACAAUGAACCUUUUGCAGAUGAAAACAUCAAAGCGAGAAGGUUGGUAGUAAAACAAACAAACAAAAAAAACGCAAAGCUUCCAAACUAGAGGAUGGAAAUACAACCACCAAAUGGCAUUUCUGGACGGAGUUUGACCUGUUCGACAGAGGUAUAUAGUCUGUGGCCUGUUGACUUUGCAAAUGAGCACAAUGAAAUGCCACCUAUUGAUGCUUCUUAUGACCAGGACUCUUUUUUAAUAAAAUAAAUAAAAUAAAUCUUUGAACCUAAUGUUCCAGUUGAAUGCAAAACAAAACAAAAAAAAAUAUGGAAAACAUUUUGAUACAAAUUUUUCCUGUCAAAACCAUAAAUAUUGGCUAUGAUGAAGAUUAUUGCAUAUUAAAAAAAUAAAAAGUCAUGCAACACAUUUGUAUUGACUGAAGGAAACCAUCAUCAUGCAUGCUUUGGAGCAGUGAUCUCAGUUUCCUUAUGUUGUCUUCAGAAUAGGCAUGAUAAACUAUAAUUGUAGAAAGGGGGGAUUUCUGUGCACUUACAACAAGCGAUUGUUCAUGUUCCAUGGUGAGCUGUGCAAAUAAAUUCCUUUUAGAACUCUAGCAUUUCUCAUAGGAAUGCUCCAUAGUACAUCUAAAGUGUUCAGAUAGUUCUGUAUCAAUUAUCAUUUUACCUUGCACCUAGAUACUGUUACAACUGCAAUAAUUCAGUGUACACCUGUUGUAUCAGGAAUCAGGAUUUUUUGUUGAUGUACUUUCCAGAUCUUCAUAAAUACAGUAACAGCCACAUUCAUAGAAAAAUUUCUAGUGUGGCCAGGUUUUAGAUAACUUUUUACCCAAAACUCUUGCGUCAUAAACGUUUUUCAGUAAUAUUCUUUGGUCUGCUGUGUUCCCGUGGCAAUGCAUUACUUGUUCCUCUGUUUCUAUAGCACCUUUCUAUUGGCUUAUCGUCAUCAACUGGACUAACAUUUUGUAGUGCAAAUGACUUUCCUACUUUUGUAUUCCCCCAAAAUUAUAAGUACAUUGUCAUCGUCAAUCCUCUUGUCAAAAAUCGGGAAAAAGGAGUUGACACCUAAGAAUUAUCUCUAGCCUCUUUGCUGUUUUGGGAAAGCCCAGAUACUGGAUAUACAUACCACUGUAUGUUUUGUGAAAAGAGUUGGCUGGGAGUAAUAUCACAGGAUCAAUUAUCCCAGAAUCUCACUCAAUGUAUUAUUUAUUUUGCUUUAGAUCUCAAAUACAUUGUGAGAAUCAUCUGAAUUGAAAUGCAGAGAUAAACUGCAGUGCUUUAUGUAACAAUAUUUGAUGAAAGCAUGCUUUCUACACCGUUGGGGAAGGAGGCACAAAUUUAUCUCAGAAAGGAGCAAUUUUCUCCACGAAAUCAGGAGGUCAGGAGUUUAAUGAUGCAAAGUUGAUCUUUAUGUACAUUUAAGUGAAAAGUCUUCAUACCUUUUCACCUUUAAAAUUUAUCAGCAGACAUGUCUGCAUGUGACAGUGUAAAAAAGUUUUAUGUCAAAUGAAAAGUUUUGUUCAUUCCAAGCCACCAGUGUGAGGAAUAAAGUUUAGCUUUCAUACAAGGAAAGAGUUAAUAAUUAUCCCUCUACUAUAGAGAUUUUAAAAUGCUUAUCAUAAUUUAUCAUAAAAGGAAUUAAUCCAACCAUUUUCAAGUAAAGCCAGAAAUUCUUGCUUUUUGUUUCUAGAACAACUUCUAGAACAAUGCUGUACACACAGUGGAUUUUAAUAAACAUUUGCUGAGUAAAAGUAAGAUGAACUCUACUAUUUGGAAGAACUGGCUUUAUUUCUAGUACAUCUUUUUAAAAAUUACUAACCUACCUAGAGUGUGAAUAUUAACAAUUAUAUUAACACCUGCCUCAUGUCACUUUACGCUUCUAGAGCAAAUAUAUAGUAAAACUUCUUUGAUAGCAUUUGUUGAAAAACUUUUUUAAAAAGUAGACUGAAGAAAACACAAUCAGGAAUACUUAGGUCUUCUGAUUCCCCAUGAGAAGUUCUAUUUUUCAUGUUCUAAAUAUUACAUUUUAAAAUAAUGCAAUUAGAUUACUUCAAAUGACAAUUCUGCCUCCCUUUCCACCUAUCAUUUAUCCAAAACUAUUACUUUAUUUAGACUUUUGGAAAAGAAAAAAAAAAACUUUUUGGUGUUUUAGGUGAUUUAAAAAUAUACUGUGUUGGUGGUGGAUGACUAUUGAUGACUGUGUUAAGUGCAUCUGUAUUGUAAAUGAAAUGUAAUUAUUUCUGUGUACCAUAUGGAGUAACCAAGGUCAUUUGUUUUUGACAAUUUUGUUCGAAAUCCAUAUAUCUUAUUUCAAAGGAUAGCAUAAUAUCUGCAUUAUGCUGGAAAAAAUAGACCUUUGGAGAAUACUUAAAUAAAACACGUGCAUGCUUGAACAGGAC